CAGUGGAGGGGCGGGAGUGGAUGAGUGUUGAGUUUCCGCAGUCGCUGCUGCUAUAUAAACCCAUGAUUUCCACUACACUUCUACAGAAAGGCGUCCGUGCCUCCCUUUGCAUUAGACUGCUGCACUCCACUCGCAACACCAGCAUGCCGAUCCAGGUUGGUCAACAUCUUCCAGAUGUACUGGUGCAUGAGGGAGACCCGGGGAACAGCAUCUCAAUGGCUGAACUUUUCAGGGGCAAAAAAGGAGUGCUUUUUGGUGUGCCAGGAGCAUUCACACCUGGAUGUUCAAAGACUCAUCUCCCAGGAUUCAUACAGAUGGCUGGGGAUUUGAGGGCCAGAGGUGUGGAUGAGAUCGCAUGUGUGUCUGUUAAUGAUGUGUUUGUCAUGUCCGCCUGGGGAAAAGAGAACGGAGCAGACGGCAAGGUGCGGAUGCUGGCUGAUCCCACAGGAGCAUUCACAAAGGCUGUGGAUCUCUUCCUGAACAAUGAUCACUUGAUCCAGGUGCUUGGAAAUUUGAGGUCUCAAAGGUAUGCCAUGCUGAUUGAAGAUGGAGUGGUCAGGAAGCUCAAUGUCGAGCCUGAUGGGACAGGCCUGACCUGCAGCUUAGCCCCAAACUUUCUCAGUGAGAUUUAAGUUACUGAGUGUAACCAGUUUACAAUGUACAAUGCGUCACCCUUUUGUCAUAGACCCAAUUGCCCAAUUAUCAUUCCAAAAACAGGGCAAUGGAAAUUCCCAACAAUGAAUAAACACUAUUGCAUAUGCUGUGGGGAAACCCAUGUGAGGAACCAACUUGUUUACUUGGAGCAAUAAUUCAUUGUUUCCUAUUAUGUUUGGAAAAAUGCACACGUUUGGCUGUAUUGCGCACAAAUCUGUUUCUUUUGGUUAUGUGUAUAACCUACUGUAUAUAGUGGUUACCCAAGCAGCAAUAAACAUUUUCCUCAUGACUGCA